ACGUCACAGCGCAGAGCCGCGCAGUAAAAAGGAAAAAAUCGCGGAAUACUCAGUGACAAGCACGACGAGUUACAUAUUAGCGACAUCAACAGCAACAAUGGCUUCACCAGCAUCCCUGACAUCGCGCAUCCAAUCCAACGCAGCCCGCGACAAUAUCGACCUCUCAUCCCUCCCGUUCCUCGCCGAAGCCCUAACCUCCAUAACGAACCUCUCCACCCUCCGAAGCACCCACGAACCCCCAGCCUUCAACCCCCAAACAACCCUCCGAAUAGACACCCACACGCACCCCGUCCCGCCAUGGUUCCGCGCCCUCGAACCCGAGGCCGCAGGCCGCGCAACCCCAUCCUGGGAUCCCCUCUCCCACCUCGACUUCAUGGCCACGCACGACAUUGCGCGCUCGAUUCUGUCCGUCUCCACGCCCGGCGCGAACGCGUUCCGCGGGGAUAAAUCGAAAACGGUGGCGCUGGCAAGACUGCUGAAUGAGUAUUGUGCGGAAGUCGUGCGGAUAUGGCCGGAGCGAUUUAGUUUUCUGGCUACGACCGCGCUGCCGUAUAGCGAGGAGAGUGUGGUCGAGGUUCGGUAUGCGGUGGAGGAGUUGGGGGCCGUUGGGGUGGUGGUGUUGACGAAUCAUGAGGGGUUGUAUCCUGGGGAUGGGGCGUUCGAUGGGGUUUGGGGGUACUUGCAAGGGAGGGCGGAGAAGGAAGGGGGUGAUGGGAGGGAAAUUGUGUUUGUGCAUCCUACGGAGCCGGUGAUUAGGUUGGAGAGUGGGGAGUUGGUUUUGUCGAAGCCUUGUAAGUUCAGUGACCUCUUUUUUUCUAAGAGCAAAAGGGUGGACAGUGACGAUGAAGUAUGGUAUGGUGGUGCGUAUGUGUGUGCUGAGGUCCAUUGUUCUUCUAGCACCACUACGAUCUGGCCUGGGGGAGUUCUACUUCGAAACUGCGCGCGCAAUUUCCAGUAUCACAGCCAACCGCACCAUCUUCAAGUUCCCCAACAUCCAUUGGCGCAUCUCCCACGGCGCGGGUGCUUUUCCAGAUAUUUCGGAUCGGUUCCUGCUUGGAUUUCCGAAUGA